AUUUUUCAGCCUGUUGGUGUUGAAAACAGAUCCAUGUAUUUGCGGGCAUAUUUUGGGACGCAGGCUCCAUCCCUCCCCCUUUCCAGAGGACAAAGACUAAAAUGGGUCAGACUCCGGAGAGCAGCACCAGCCAUCAUGUAAUGUAGUUCAUCCUGCAGGAGACAGAAACAAGAUGCUAAGGAAGGGAUCUGUGGCGUUUUAAAGCUCUCCAUCAUGUCGCCUGCACACAGCGUUUCUCCAUCUGCAUGUUACAGCCGGUGAUGACGCGGACACGGUUAUUUAUCGGACAUUUAACGCAGAAAAACACCGUUUAAUUUGGGGGGACUCCGGUUUUUCAUCAACAUGUCCUCUCGGGAUGGGUGAAGCAGCACACAGGGACUGAACUGGUUUGAUUGGGAUUCCUGCUGCUGGUGCUGCUGGUGGGCUCCGGUUUCCAGUCAAACACCGACUCAUCAGACUGCUGCUGACCGACGGGAGAUGAUGGACGCCGAACAGAGUUAAUCUGUGUCCUCGGGGGAAAAUAAAGGAGACGGGGUAAAGUCCUGCAGCGUGGACUGUAGACCCAGAGACCCAGUGAGCAUCUGAUGGAGGACUGUCCACACCGACGGACUGUGUAUUUGUGUGGAUCUCUGCCCUCUCGUGUUGGACUCUGAUCUAAUCCUCAUCUCAGACCGUAGACCCGCAGACAUGUCUCCUCCGGCGUCCUGUCCACACUGGUGGACGCUCAGGCUGCUCCUCACCGCUCUGCUGACGCUGACCAUGAUGACAUCACUACCUGUGUCGGCUGUGGAGGCAGAGACGUGUUUCUCCAGACAGCAUCAAGGCGUGAUCGUCAACGUCAGACUGGCCUUAACCAGACCGACCACGGUGAUGGACGCUCGCGCAGUCCGCUCCGAGAGGGACUGUGUGCUCGCGUGCUGCUCCGAGGAAGUGAAACCUGGUGCAAAGUGCAAUAUGGUCGUGUUCAACUCCAACAAACACGCAGGGGAAGAUAACUGCUUCCUGUUCCACUGUCAGACGGAGCAGGACUGUCCUCUGAUGAAGGCUCAGGACGGCAUCAACACCUACGACAUCUACAAAGGUUUGAUACAUCCAUCCACAGUGAGACCUGCCCCAGUGACAGCCACCGCCUCAACCACCACUACCACCACACCAGCUCCAGCCAGACCCACAACGACACAACCCACUACCACCACACCAACCACCACACCAACCACCACCACCACCACCACCACACAGAGUACAACAAGGCCCACGACCACAACCACCACAACAACAACGGCACCAACAACCCCCACGACUACCACACAGGCCCCCACCACCACCACAACGAAAAAACCUCCCCCCAUCAUCAUCAUCGCCACCAUGCUUCCAGUCACUCUAGAACCAACCACUGUCCCAACAACAACAACAACAACAACAACCACAGCAACCACAACAGCUACAGCACCUUCUACAACAACCACUACCACCACCACUACCACCACCAUGGUGAGAAAACCGAACAAACCCAGCAGAAAGCAAAACAAAACCAUCAAGAAAGCAAGACCACAUCCUGCCAUCGCCGCCACCACCACCUCUGCCCCACCACCUCACCCUCCCACAGCACCACCUGCUGUUGUAACGGCUGCACCAAGAACUACUGAGAGACUACAGCCGAGCACUGAAACUACUACUACAACACCCGCUACUACAACCACAACUUCUACCACCACUACUACCACCACUACUCCUGCGCCUACUACAUCUACCACCCGUCCUACUACAACCAACACCCGUCCCACUACAACCACCACCCGUCCCACUACAACCACCACCACUACAACUACAACUCCUGCAACCACUACUACAACUACUCCGCGUACAUCUACUACAACAACAACCACGACCACCACUGAUCCACCCACGUCAAGGGCGACUCAAGCAGCAAAUUUAAUCAUCGUCCCCAAAGACGCCAUCCAGUCCGACCCCGCCUUCCAGAACUCAAGCGUCAGCCGGGGGAAAGCGGUAGCGGCAAGGGGGGCGGUGAAAAGCGGCGUUGUGGCGUUCAUGGUGCUCGGGCUUGCCGUGCUCACUCUGGCUCUGGCCGUCGGUGGGCGGAAAGCAAUGGAGUCCUUCGACAGACGGCAUUACACAAGACUGGAGUUGAACGACCUGCACUACGAGGUGUGAGGAGGGACAGAAACCUCUCUUUGGUUUUUAUGACGGGAGCUCAGAAGGACAAAAAGCAGGACUUAUAAUGAGUUCAUUUAAGAUUGUUAACGUUUGUUUCUUUUUUUUGACAUUUUAAUUUUUUAACAGCACAAAGUUACACGAUAAUGGAAUGUCUGCUUCACGAUGGUAAAGAGGCGUGCCUGAGGAGAAUACUUAAUUCUGAUUGGCCAGAGGGUGUGCAUUACUUUGUAAUAACCACACAGCUCUAGCAAAGGGUUAUUGACAUCAAAUCAUUAUGUUCAAAACCUUACAUAUGACCAAACGUCUCUUAAAAUAAGACUCACACAUUUUUAAAAAUCAGCUCAUUUUGAUUAUUUGACGAAUACGGUGAUUGUGAUAUGACCGGCAAUAUUUAAAGGAAUCAUACAUUUCUACAUUAUUCUCAUUUUUAUUGAGAAACAAUCUUUGGUUCAAAGUGAUAUUUUGACUCAUAUUUGGUUUUCUCUUUGAAGAGAUUAGAAAAUUAUGAUAAGCCAUAUCUUUCAGCCUUUAUUGCAAAGGUGUAGGGAGGAUAAUGCAAUCAGUCCUGUGCGGUUAUUAACAAUAAUGCACUGUAUGAAGACGAACCUUCUCACGCCUCUGCAUUUUACAUGUUUUAUUCAUCACAAACUAUUCUCUCAAUUUUUGAGUUAAACAGAAUUUAAACACUCAUUGGAUAAUCUAAAAAUGUGUUGAUACAAAGCUAUAAAAAGUAUUCUUCUUUCUCCUAAUUGUGGAUGAUUUUUAUUCAAUAGCCGAUUAAGUUAAGAUAAACUCUGUUUUGGGUGACAAAUCAGGAAACACUAGCCACAUUUUAUCAUUUGCAGUCAAUUCUUCCAUAUAUCUCUCCUGAGCAUGAAUGGACUUAUUUACUUAUUGACAGCUGUCUCAGGAUAAAUUCAAACAUCAUUUUGACAAAAAAAAAUCUGACUUUUUCUUAAAUUCUUUCCCUUUUGAUUUGAUUUUUUUAGCGAUAUAUCUGUGUCGCCAAAAAUGGAACAAAUCAUUUGUUAUCAUUGCAUUAUUUCAAGAUUGUGUUUUGUUUUAUUUUGACACAUCACACCAUUACUGGGAGAAAAAUGACAUUUUAACAAUGUUUUUUCACAACAAAUAACUUAAAGUGGCAACACAAACUGUUUGCGUUAUUAUCAUAAAUCCUAUCACAAGUUUUGAAGUGAAAAAGCUUCAAAGACGAGAAUAAUGAAUGAUGAGAAAAGCUUUGAGGUUUGCCGUGACGUGUGCACCAAAAUACCAUUUCAGGUGUAAUAAUUUAAAGAACAAGUUUUGAUUUAUAGAGGUUGCAUAAUGAGAUGCAAAUAUCAAUAUAAGGAUGAUCUCAGUAAAAGAAGAAGCUAUUUUUGUCAUGGCCCCUUUCGGCCUCCGUAGAAGUCUGUGUUUGGUUCUAAAGUUUAAACUUUUCUCACAUUUCUUUGACUUUUUGGAUUUUAUUGCAUUCUGACUUUAAAUCCUGAUUUUGAUUUGUGUUGCUUUAAAGCUAAGUCUGUGCCGGAGAAUGAGUUUAAGAAGUCUUUAUCUCUUUUGUAACCUCUUUCUGAUUGAUUUAGGGUAACAUAACCGUCAGCUGCCGAUGGAAAACAAAGAACAAACAGCAAUAUUUUUAUCCGUGAAUCUCAGGAAGCCUCUGAAGUGGAGCUGAUGUAGAGAAACUCUGGAUCGUACGGGCGGACUCUGAUUUGUACAUUCGUCCUUCGUGGUUCGAGGCCCUUCUUUUGCCAUGGGGUGAAGUCACCCUUUGUGUAUAAGACGUACACCUGCAUGUCUUUUUACUUCCACCUGCUUCAGCCAUACGAGCCUGUGACUGCUUCAAUCACACACUCACUCUCUCACUGUGUCCGUUUUGUAUUUUGUCCACAUUUUUCUUCUCUCACAUGUGGAUCAGAAUUUAAACGAUGGAUGCAAUUCUCUGAAAAUCGAUGCACUAUUGUAUCCUGUGUUUUUUGAUAAAUAUGAUAUGCUUCUUUUUGAAUAUUAGAUUGUUUUUCAUAGGUAAGAGUACACUGGCCGCGCACUAUUUUCCUAUAAUAACUAUGUUUGUAUUGGAUGUCAGCGUUUAGGGGGGGGAAGACCCAAGCUGCUGUGGCGUCAGUCCAUCACCAGGGGGCAGCAGCAGCCUGAUGAACGCCUGAAGCUGCACUGUUUGACUUGUUUUCACUUUUCUUGCUUUAAACUUUUAUUACAGUGUCUGAUUAAUUACAUUGACAGUAACAGUUUGGUCUCGUUUUGUGAAGUGAUGCUUUUGCAUAAGUUUUGAAUUUGAUGUUUUGUUCUUAUAAGGAUUAAAAAUGUGAUUUUUGACGGAGGUGUCGGUUUACUGAGUUCAGUCUGCAGCAGAGGAAGUGCUGGGAAGUGUAUUUACUUUCAUGAGUUAGAUUAGAGUCAGUUGUAUCAACCAUUAUGUACUUAAAGGUAGAGUUUUCACUUUUACUGCGCUACAUCAGCCGACAGCUCUUGCUUCUUUUUUUCUUUUUUAAAACAUCUUUUAUUUGGGACACAAUCAGAGCAAAAUACAAUGAUACAAAUUCAGAAUGUAAAAUGCCCGUUUUAUCUUUUUUUUUCCCAACAAAACAAUUAACAUUUUCUCUGCAUUCAAAGAAAAUUGUAAUAAAUCAAUUUCCCUCUUUAAAAUAAUCAGAUACAAUGUUCUGAAUAGAGUAGUUACCAGAUGGCAAUGGAACUGAUGCAACAAACAAAAUUU